AUGAAGAUACAAAAUAAACUUAUCUCUGUCUUGUUACUUAUGGUUUUUGUAUCAUAUGUAGUAGUAACAAGUCAUGCAACACCAAGAUACACAAAAGGCCGCUCUAGUGCCCUGCGCUAUACGCAGGAAGCGCAAGGGUAUAGCAUACUUGUAGAAGAGUUGUACAGCACAUUAAAUCAUCCAUGGGGGAUUACAUGGUAUAUCUCAAGUGACAGCAAAGCAGUACAGCAUCCUAUGAUAGUUACCGAACGAAAUGGGUCAGUUUGGUUGCUUGUCAAUGAGAAAAUAAAGAAAAUCACAAAACUUCCAAGGGAUGUUGUCCAGUCUGGGCAAGGAGGAUGGUUGGAUGUUGUUCAGGGGCCAAAUAACAUUAUUUAUCUUAGUUACUCUAAAGGAAAAAAAUCAUCAAAUGUGACUGCGCUUAUAUCUUUUGAAUUGAGAGAAAAAGAUAUCCACUCUAACACUACUACUAUACAAGCAAGAAAGGUACGAUCUUUGUAUAAAAUGAAUAAGACGGUAGGUUCACAGAUACAUUUUGGGGGAAUGCUUGCGUUAGGGGAAAGAAAGGGUAAUGAUGCUAUUUUCUUAGGAUUAGGAGAGCGAGGACAGAGAAAUCAGGCGCAAAACCUAGACUCUGAUCAUGGAACAAUAGUAGCUAUCCCCAUAGAAAAGAAGGGGAAGCACGAAAUCAUCAGCUAUGGGCACAGAAAUCCGCAGGGUAUGUACUAUGAUCCAUUAAGAGCACUGUUAUAUUCAACAGAGCAUGGACCUAAAGGAGGAGAUGAACUCAAUCUUAUACAUAUGAAUAGCAGUACUCUUCCCAACUACGGAUGGCCUGUAGUCUCUUACGGAAAGGAAUACAGUAGCGGCCUCCAAGUAGGAGAGGGUACAAGCAAAAAAGGAAUGGAAGAACCACUGCAUUAUUGGGAAAUCUCACCAGCACUCUCUGGUCUUACAGUGUACUACGGGAAGGCUUUUCCUGAAUGGAAUGGAGACCUCUUUGCUUCAGCUCUUAAAUUUCAACAGAUAUUUCAUGUAGAUAUUGAUGACGAAGGAAAAAAAGUGCUAGAUGUAAAGCCUAUCCUCAAACGUCGCAUAGGGCGAAUACGCUCUAUACGGCAGGGUCCGGAUACGAAUUUGUAUUUUAUCACUGAUGAAAAUCGAGGAAAAAUUUUCAAAAUAAGCAGAGAGUAA